ACAUGUUAGAAGAACAUGAGAAGUGAGAAAUUUCGACCAUGUUGGAGGAACGUGAGAAGUGUUCGCCAUGUUGUAGGAACAUGAGAAGUGUUGGCCAUGUUGGAGCAACGUGAGAAGAGUUGGACAUGUUGGAGGAACUUGAGAAGAGUCGGAUAUGUUGGAGAAACGUCGGAAAAGUCUGACAUGUUGAAGGAAUUUCAGAUGACUCGGACAUGUUGGAGGUACGUGAGAAGAGUCGGACAUGUUGGAGGAAUUUGAGAAGAGUCGGACAUGUUGGAGGAACUUGAUAAGAGUCGGACAUGUUGGAGGAACGUCAGAAUAGUCGAUCAUGUUGGUGGAACUUGAGAAAAGUCGGCCAUGUUGGAGGAACGUGAGUUAAGUCUGACAUGUUGGUGGAACUUAAAAAGAGUCGGACAUGUUGGAGGAACGUGAGAAGAGUCUGAAUGUUGGUUGAACAUGAGAAAAGUCGGACAUGUUGGUUGAACAUGAGAAGUGUCGGACAUGUUAAAGGAACAUGAAAAGAGUCGGCCAUGUUGGAGGAACGUGAGAGGAGUCGGACAAGUUGGAGGAACGUAAGUAGAGUCUGAUCUGUUGGAAGAACAUUAGAAGAGUCGGACAUGUUGGUUAAAUUUGAGAAGAGUCGGACAUGUUCGAGGAACAUGAAAAAAGUCGGCCAUGUUAGAGGAACGUGAGAGGAGUCGGACAUGUUGAAAGAACAUGAGAAUAGGCGGACAUGUUGGUUGAACUUGAGAAGAGUCAAACAAGUUGGAGGAAUGUGAGAACAGUCGGCCAUGUUGGAGGAACGUGAGAAGUGUCGGCCAUGUUGGAGCAAGGCGAGAAGAGGCGAACAUGUUGGAGGAACUUGAGAAGAGUCGGACAUGCUGGAGGAACGUCGGAAAAGUCGGACAUCUUUGAGGUAGGUGAGAACAGUUGGCUUUGUUGGAGGAACGUGAGAAGUGUCGGCCAUGUUGGAGCAACGUGAGAAGUGUCGGCCAUGUUGGAGCAACGUGAGAAGAGACGAACAUGUUGGAGGAACUUGAGAAGAGUCGGGCAUGCUGGAGGAACGUCGGAAAAGUCGGACAUCUUUGAGGUAGGUGAGAACAGUCGGCCUUGUUGGAGGAACUUGAGAAGAGUCGGAAAUGUUGGAAGAACAUGAGAAGAGGUGGACAUGUUGGAGGAACUUGAGAAGAGUCGUACAAGUUGGAGGAACGUGAGAAGAGUCGGACAACUUGGAGGAACGUGAGAAGUGUCGGCCAUGUUGGAGGAACUUGAGAAGAGUCGGACAAGUUGGAGGAACGUGAGAAGAGUCGGACAAUUUGGAGGAACGUCAGAACAGUCGGCCAUGUUGGAGGAACCUGAGAAGAGUCGGACAUGUUGGAGGAACGUCGGAAAAGUCAGAGAUCUUGGAGGAACGUCAAAAGAGUUGGACAUGUUUGUGGAACUUGAGAAGAGUCGGACCAGUUGGAGGAACUUGUUGGAAGAACAUGAGAAGAGUCGGACAUGUUAGUUGAACUUGAGAAGAGUCGGACAUGUUGGAGGAACGUGAGAAGAGUCAGACAAGUUGGAGGAACGUGAGAAGAGUCGGACAACUUGGAGGAACGUGAGAAGUGUUGGCCAUGUUGGAGCAACGUGAGAAGAGGCGGACAUGUUGGAGGAACUUGAGAAGAGUCGGACAAGUUGGAGGAACGUGAGAAGAGUCGGACAAUUUGGAGGAACGUCAGAACAGUCGGCCAUGUUGGAGCAACGUGAGAAGAGGCGGACAUGUUGGAGGAACUUGAGAAGAGGCGGACAUGUUGGAGGAACCCGAGAAGAGUCGGACAUGUUGGAGGAACGUCGGAAAAGUCGGAGAUCUUGGAGGAACGUCAAAAGAGUUGGACAUGUUUGUGGAACUUGAGAAGAGUCGGACCAGUUGGAGGAACUUGUUGGAAGAACAUGAGAAGAGGCGGACAUGUUAGUUGAACUUGAGAAGAGUCGGACAUAUUUGAGGAACGCCAGAAGAGUCGGACAUGUUGGAGGAACUUGAUAAGAGUCGGACAUGUUGGAGGAACGUCAGAAUAGUCGGAUCAUGUUGGUGGAACUUGAGAAAAGUCGGCCAUGUUGGAGGAACGUGAGUUAAGUCUGACAUGUUGGCGGAACUUAAAAAGAGUCGGACAUGUUGGAGGAACGUGAGAAGUGUCGGACAUCUUGGAGCAACAUGAGAAGAGUCUGAAUGUUGGUUGAACAUGAGAAGAGUCGGACAUGUUGGUUGAACAUGAGAAGAGUCAAACAUGUUUAAGGAACAUGAAAAGAGUCGGCCAUGUUGGAGGAACGUGAGAGGAGUCAGACAAGUUGGAGGAACGUAAGUAGAGUCUGAUAUGUUGGAAGAACAUGAGAAGAGUCGGACAUGUUGGUUAAAUUUGAGAAGAGUCGGACAUGUUGGAGGAACAUGAAACGGAGGAACGUGAGAGGAGUCGGACAUGUUGAAAGAACAUGAGAAUAGGCGGACAUGUUGGUUGAACUUGAGAAGAGUCGUACAAGUUGGAGGAACGUGAGAACAGUCGGACAAGUUGGAGGAACGUGAGAACAGUCGGCCAUGUUGGAGGAACGUGAGAAGAGUCUGACAUGUUGGAGGAACGUGAGAAGUGUCGGCCAUGUUGGAGCAAGGCGAGAAGAGGCGAACAUUUUGGAGGAACUUGAGAAGAGUCGGACAUGCUGGAGGAACGUCGGAAAAGUCGGACAUCUUUGAGGUAGGUGAGAACAGUUGGCUUUGUUGGAGGAACGUGAGAAGUGUCGGCCAUGUUGGAGCAACGUGAGAAGUGUCGGCCAUGUUGGAGCAACGUGAGAAGUGUCGGCCAUGUUGGAGCAACGUGAGAAGAGGCGAACAUGUUGGAGGAACUUGAGAAGAGUCGGACAUCUUUGAGGAACACCAGAAGAGUCGGACAUCUUUGAGGAACGCCAGAAGAGUCGGACAUGUUUGUGGAACUUGAGGAGAGACGGACAUGUUAGGGGAACUUGAGAAGAGUCGGACAUGUUGGAGGUACGAGAGAAGAGUCGGCCAUGUUGGUGGAACGUGAAAAGAAUCGGACAUGUUGGAGUAACAUAUGAAGUGUCGGACAUGUUGGAAGAACUUGAGAAGAGUCAGACAUGUUGGAGGUUUUUCAGAAGAGUCGGACAUUUUUGAGGAACGCCAGAAGAGUCGGACAUGUUUGUGGAACUUGAGAAGAGACGGACAUGUUGGAAGAACAUGAGAAGAGGCGGACAUGUUGGAGGAACAUCAGAAGAGUCGGACAUGUUGGAGGAACAUGAGAAGAGUCGGACAUGUUGGAGGAACGUGAGAAGAGUCGGACAUGUUUGAAGAACAUGAGAAGAUGUGGACAUGUUGGAGGAAGGUGAGAAGAGUCGGACAUGUUGGAGGAGUGUCAGAAGAGUUGGACAUGAUGGAGGAACUUGGGAAUAGUUGGACAUGUUGGAGGAACGUGAGAAGAGUUGAACAUCUUGGAGGAAGGUGAGAAGAGUCGGCCAUGUUGGAGCAACGUGAGAAAAGUCGGCCAUGUUGGAAGAACUUGAGAAGAAUCGGCCAUGUUGAAGGAACGUCAUAAGUGUUGGACUUGUUGGAAGAACAUGAGAAGAAGUCGGCCAUGUUGGAGGAACGUGAGUAGAGUCUGCCAUGUUGGAGGAACGUGAGAAGUGUCUGCCAUGUUGGAGCAAUGUGAGAAGAGUCGGACAUAACUGAGGAACUUGAGAGGAUUCGGACCUGUUUGAGGAACGUCAGAAAAGUCGGACAUCUUGGAGGAAGGUGAGAAGAGUUGAGUCGGCCAUGUUGGAGCAAUGUGAGAAGAGUCGGACAUAAUGGAGGAACUUGAGAAGAGUCGGACAUGAUGGAGGAACGUGAGAAGUGUUGGACAUAAUGGAGGAACUUGAGAAAAGUCGGACAUGUUGGAGAACAUCGGAAAAGUCGGACAUAAAGAAGGAACUUGAGAAGAGUCGGACAUAUUGGAGGAACGUGAGAAGAGUCGGACAUGUUGGAGGAACGUGAGAAGAGUCGGACAUGUUGGAAGAACAUGAGAAGAUGCGAACAUGUUGGAGAAACGUGAGAAGAGUCGGACAUGUUAGAAGAACGUGAGAAGAGUCGGCCAUGUUGGAGGAAUGUGAGUAGAGUCGGACAUGUUGGAGAAACACGGCGGACUCUUCUCAUGUUUCUCCAAUAUGUCCGAAUCUUCUCACGUCGGACAUGUUGGAGGAACAUGAGAAGUGUGACUUUUCUCACAUUCCUUGGAGGAACGCCAGAAGAGUCUGACAUGUUGGAGGAACUUCAGAAGAUUCGGACAUGUUGGAGUAACGUGAGAAGAGUUGGACAUGUUGGGGGAACUUGAGAAGAGUCGGACAUGUUGGAGGAACGUCAGAAGAGUCGGACAUUUUGGAGGAACGUGAGAAGAGUCAGAAAUGUUGGAGGAACGAGAGAAGAGUUGGACGUGUUGGAAUAACAUGAAAAGAGUCAGACAUGUUGGAGGAACGUCAGAAGAGUCGGACAUGUUGGAGGAAUGUGAGAAGAGUCGGACAUGUUGGAGAAACAUGGCCGACUCUUCAACAUGUCCGACGUGAGAAGAAUCGGACAUUUUGGAGGAACGUGAGAAGAGUCAGAAAUGUUGGAGGAACGAGAGAAGAGUUGGACAUGUUGGAAUAACAUGAAAAGAGUCAGACAUGUUGGAGGAACGUCAGAAGAGUUGGACAUGUUGGAGGAACGUUAGAAGAGUUGCACAUGUUGGAAGAACAUGAGAAGAGUCUGACAAGUUGGAGGGACGUGAGAAGAGUCGGACAUGUUGGAGGAACGUCACAAGAGUCGGACAUGUUGGAGGAACGUCACAAGAGUCGGACAUGUUGAAGGAACGUCACAAGAGUCAGACAUGUUGGAGGAACGUGAGAAGAAUCGGACAUGUUGGAGGAACGUCACAAGAGUCGGACAUGUUGGAGGAACGUCACAAGAGUCGGACAUUUUGGACGAACGUCACAAGAGUCGGACAUGUUGGAGGAACGUCACAAGAGUCGGACAUGUUGAAGGAACGUCACAAGAGUCAGACAUGUUGGAGGAACGUGAGAAGAAUCGGACAUGUUGGAGGAACGUCACAAGAGUCGGACAUGUUGGAGGAACGUCACAAGAGUCGGACAUUUUGGACGAACGUCACAAGAGUCGGACAUGUUGGUGGAACUUGAGAAGAGUCGUACAAGUUGGAAGAACAUGAGAAGAGUCGGACAUAAUCCUUUUGUUUGGUUUGAACUCAAUUAUAAGCUUAACAUGUUAUGUCUCCCACAGAUGGUGUUGUGGAAACUGAAGAGAAAGAUCUUACCAGAGAGGACGAACACUAUUUAUAUCUUGAUAAUGAAGAGGUGGCCUUUCCAACCACUGUGGAGGAAGAAGUCCCACCCCACAAGAGACUGACACAUUUUUUAAAAGAAGGGGAUGCAUCAUUAGGAGAUCGUGCAGUGAGACAUUCUUCCUAAGGUAAAGCUGCCCAGAAAAGGCGACCCUGGACACAGAACGAGUCGAAGGCUGUCGAGAAGCACAUGAAGCGAUUCAUCACUUCUGCCUUCCCAGGACAAAAGCCUUGAAGAUGUACAGUUCGCUAGCUAAUGCCUCCAAGUGUAUUAGGGAUACCAGCGUGACCUCAGUGGUGUUCCCCUACCUCUACAGCAUCAUCUUUCUAGUCGCACUGGCACUUAACUCUGUAGCUGCUUGGAUCUUCUGCAACAUCCCAAACACGUCAACAUUUUUGGUCUUUUUAAAGAAUGUGGUGGCGGCUAACUUGUUGAUGACUUUCACAAUCCCUUUGAAGAUUAUAACCGAUGCUGGUGUGGGAUCGGUGAAACUAAGAGCCAUCUACUGCCGUUACUCUGCGGUCCUUUUCUAUAUCACUAUGUACAUCAGCAUCAUCUUCCUGGGCCUCAUCAGCCUAGAUCGAUACAUGAAGAUAGUCCAACCUUUUGGAAAAGACGUCUUGCACCGGAUCAGGCUUGGUCAAGUGAUCAGCGCAGCUGUCUGGGUCACUGUCUGUUCUCUAGCACUCCCCAAUUCGAUUCUAAGCAACCAGCCACUACGCUACAAUGGAGGACAAGUGAAGUGUACCUCCAUGAAGAGUAAAGCGGGCCUGACUUGGCAUGAAGGAUACAACUACUUCUGUCAGUUCAUCUUCUGGGGAACGCUGACCAUGAUGGUGUACUGCUACACGUUCAUCAGCAAGAAGGUUUAUGACUCUUACAAAGCAUCGAAAAGCACCUCUAAAGCAGCCAGUCGCAGAACCAAAGGGAAAGUCUUCGUGGUGGUGGUUGUGUUCUUCAUCAGCUUUGCCCCCUAUCACUUUGUACGUGUACCCUACACUCUGACCCAGACCCGCGACAUGAUGACCUGCUGGGAGAAGAAUGCACUGUACAUCGCCAAAGAGACCACACUGUGGAUAUCGGCCUUUAACGUGUGUCUGGUUCCGCUCAUUUACGUGUUCCUGUGUAAGGUUUUUAGGAGAAGACUCACAGCUACGGUCAGCCGUCGGCAGAAGAACUCCCACAUGGUCGCGUCCACACAGCUGGAGAUGACAAACACUGGCACGUCGAUGUAACACCGUUGAUACAGUAAAAAGCUAAAACUGUAUUUGUUACCAAGUUAGAAAAUGCUUGGUAAAUAUAGGAUACUUGGAAGGUGAUUUUAGAAAUGCUGGAGAAUUGCUGUCCACUUCUGAUAUAUCUGUCGUUUUGGCAGCAUCCUAACCAUGGCUCCUGUGCAUUUACAAGCUUGUGAUUAUAUCUCCACUAAGGAUGUCGUUUCCUCUCACUAAAAAGAGUCCACCCCUUAUUAUUUAGCAAACAUUUAAAUGGGGUAUUUGUAAAGGAGCUGUUUGCAUGGCUGAUAAAACUGCUGCUUUGGCAGCAUUCAUGCUAAUGGCUCCUGGGCAUUUACAAGCUUGUGAUUAUAUCUCCACUAUGGAUGCCGUUUGCUCUCACAAAAGUGAGUCCAGCCCUUAUUAUUUAGCAACCAUUUUAAUGGGGUAUUUGUAAAGGGGCUGUUUGCACUGCUGAUAAAACUGCUGCUUUGGCAGCAUUCAUGCUAAUGGCUCCUAGGCAUUUACAAGCUUGUGAUAUGUCCACUAAGAAUGUUUCCUCACAAAAGUGAGUCCACCCCUUAUUAUUUAGCAAAAAUUUCAAUGGGGUAUUUGUAAAGGAGCUGUUUUCACUGCUGAUAAAACUGCUGCUUUGGCAGCAUUCAUGCUAAUGGCUCCUGGGCAUUUACAAGCUUGUGAUUAUAUCUCCACUAUGGAUGCCGUUUCCUCUCACAAAAGUGAGUCCACCUCUUAUUUAGCAACCAGUUUAAUAGGGUAUUUGUAAAGGGGCUGUUUGCACUGCUGAUAAAACUGCUGCUUUGGCAGCAUUCAUGCUAAUGGCUCUUGGGCAUUUACAAGCUUGUGAUUAUAUCUCCACUAAGAUUCCGUUUCCUCUCACAUUUCAGUAACCAUUUCAUUAAAGUAUGUUAAAAGCGCUAUUUGCAACACCACCGACUAUCUUACUAUGGAGGUUAAUUUGUGUCUUUAUUAUGAAAGCUUUUUUUUUACACUGAAUUAAUGCAAUUUAAUUUUGUUUGAAUUUUGUGAACUGAAUUUGUUUACAUCAAAUUUGUGCCCUUUCCCUUUUAAAUGAAUCGUUGCCAUGAAUUUCCCAGAGUGAUUAUAUAGGAAUAUUUACUGUAAAUAAAGCUGUAUUAAUUUAG